UCGGAGGAGGAAAGGCGCAGCCUUUUCCCAACAACAUCACAAAGUCAAAAGCGUUCGCGUUGCCGGAGGGGGUUUCUCCUUCAGCUAUGAACCCUAGCCUUCUCUCUCAGACCCACCGCUACGUUUUGAUCAGGCAGCUAAAUUCUCUCUUAACAUACUGUUUUUUCACACUCUGAGCGCUGGAGAAGAAGAAAAAGGAAAUAAAAGGAGACAACUUUAUUUUCCGCGUACUUCAGCCGCCGGAGAAAUUCACAUUUCGAGGUUUUUACGGGGAUUCUCGUUUCUGGGUUUUUAGCUUUUCCUAUUAUGGUGGUGGACAUGGCUCUCGAUUUAUCAGUUCUGAGUCAAUCCGUGUUUGUUUCCGGCGCGAGAACCACGAGUCUCACGCGAUACGGCCGAAACCCGAAAUUUCCAGUACGAGUCCUGUCGAGAAACGAGGGACACCCGUUCUCCGUCGCGUCUAAUUAUUCUAAUCCGUCCAAUUUCAGUUUUAGAUUCCAUCGGGGAUGUGGGUUUAACGAUAGAGGUCGCUUCAUAAUGUUAAGCUCGAGCCAAUGCCAUGUGGGUAGUCAGCAACGUUUCGAUCCCAGCGAAGAACUGGAAGAGAAAAAGGUUAUACUGAAACGGGGAAUCCUUUUGGGGGUAGUGGUGUGGGGAGUAUUCUUGUUUGGGUGCCAAAGGGUGUUAGCAUCAUCAGGUGUGGUGGAUGCAGGCUAUGGUGUAUUUGGACAGAGGAUAUUGUUGUUGAAGAAUGCUUGGCCAAAAGCGUCACAGGUUCUUAGGGUUCUUAGAGAGCAAGGCCUUAUUUUGGCUGCGCUUCUCGGCCUCUCUGCGUUCUUCUCUAUGGCGGAGACUUCCAUUACCACUCUAUGGCCAUGGAAGGUGCGUGAGUUGGCUGAAAAAGAGCCAGAAAAUGGUGUAUUUAGAAUGCUUCGUAGUGAUGUUACCAGAUUCUUGACGACCAUACUUAUUGGAACAACUGUUGUGAAUAUUGGAGCAACUGCCUUAGUCACGGAGGCAGCAACAGCUAUAUUUGGUGAAGCUGGUGUUAGUGCUGCCACUGGAGUGAUGACUGUUGCCAUAUUGCUCUUGACAGAGAUAACACCCAAGAGUAUAGCUGUCCACAAUGCUCAAGAUGUCGCCCGGAUUGUGGUCAGACCAGUUGCAUGGCUUUCCCUGGUAUUAUAUCCUGUUGGAAGAGUUGUCACUUAUCUAUCGAUGGGAAUGCUAAAGAUUCUUGGUUUAAAAGGGCGAAGUGAACCAUAUGUUACAGAAGAUGAGUUGAAAUUGAUGCUGCGGGGUGCAGAAUUGAGUGGUGCUAUAGAAGAGGAAGAGCAGGAUAUGAUUGAAAAUGUAUUAGAGAUAAAGGAUACCCAUGUUAGAGAGGUGAUGACUCCCCUUGUUGAUGUAGUUGCGAUAGACGCCAGUGCCAGCUUAAUCGAUUUCCAUAAUCUGUGGGUGACUCAUCAAUAUUCUAGGGUACCUGUUUUUGAGCAGCGUAUUGAUAAUAUAGUGGGUAUUGCAUAUGCCAUGGAUCUCCUAGAUUAUGUUCAGAAGGGUGAUCUACUAGAGAGUACAUCUGUGGGGGACAUGGCACAUAAACCUGCUUACUUUGUCCCCGAUUCAAUGUCCGUUUGGAAUCUUCUGAGGGAAUUUCGUAUAAGAAAGGUUCACAUGGCUGUUGUCCUUAACGAAUAUGGUGGAACCAUUGGAUUGGUAACUCUGGAAGAUGUGGUUGAGGAGAUUGUUGGUGAAAUAUUCGAUGAAAAUGAUUCAAAAGAGGAGAUUCAGAAGAAAACCGGUUACAUUGUGAUGAGAGCCGAGGGGACAUAUGAUGUUGAUGCCAAUACAUCUAUUGACCAACUUUCUGAAGAACUCAGCAUAAAGAUGCCAGAGGGUCAUCAGUACGAGACAGUGUCAGGGUUUGUGUGUGAGGCCUUUGGGUACAUCCCAAGAACUGGUGAGAGCGUGACGGUCGUCCUGGAAAAGGAACAAAGGGAAGAAGAAGAUGAACAAGAUGAAAGUAAACCAGAACGCCAACAAGAUCCAAAGGAGAAACACCUCAUCUAUAAGCUAGAGAUACUGGCGGGGAAUGCCAGGAAAGUGAGUGCUGUUCGGUUUGAAAGAAUAAGCGAUAUUGACGAGGCAGCUGAGGCAAGAGAUGUAAGGAGCAUGGUUCCCAAAUUUGUGAGGAAAUGGAGCAGUGACGAGGAGUCCGCUGAUGCCGAUGCCCCCAGCUCAUCCGUCCAUGAAAAUGUGGAGAACGGUGUCUCCGAUGAACGUUUAAUUGCUGAGAAUCUGAAGAAAGAAUAAAUGAGUUUUGUUUACAUUGUUUCUUUUCCUGGUUCCGAAAGAUACUGCCACUGUAAAUUUUCUUGUCUCUAAUUUUUUCACAUGAAGGAAUUUCAAAAGAGUCAUUUUUGUCUC